CAUCUCUCAGGAUGGCACCCACUUCUUGCCGCUACUUCCCUUUGCCCACGGAUGAGUUCUCAAAGAAGCUGGGGGACCGCAAGCUGCCAGGGCGGGUGUGGAUUGUGGGGAUCCUGCUGGGCCUACUGGUGGUAGGUCUGCCUGUGGCAGUAAUCAUUUUGGCUGUCAAGGCCAAUAGCCCAGCUUGCAAGGAUGGCCUCCGAGCUGAGCAGGAGUGUCGAAAGAUCACCCACCUCCUGGAGCAGGAGCUGACCCAGGCCCAGGACGUCUUGCGGGGGACUGAGGCCCAAGCCGCCAUUUGCAACCAGACUGUGGAGACCCUGAAGAUUUCCCUGGAAGAGGAGAAGGCUGGGGGCCACAAGCAACAGGAGCUGGUGCAGAAGCUUCAAGAGGAGAUCAAGACAUUGAAUCAGGAGCUGCAGGAGAAAUCCUCGGAGCUGCAGAAGAAAUCUGCAGAGCUGCAGAAGAAAUCCGCGGAGCUGCAGAAGAAAUCCGGGGAUCUGGUGAAGAAAUCUGGGGAGCUGCAGGAGAAAUCCACGGAGCUGGAGAAGAAAUCCGCAGAGCUGCAGAAGAAAUCCGCGGAGCUGGAGAAGAAAUCCUGGGAGCUGGAGAAGAAAUCCACGGAGCUCCAGGAGAAAUCCGAGGAGCUGCAGGAGAAAUCCUGGGAGCUGGAGCAACUAAGGCAAGAGAAUGAAGCCUUGGUCUCUGCCAAGUGCCCCCCCAACUCCGGGAUCAGCCUCCAUCUCUCCAUGGCCCCUGUGCUCCUGACCCUGAGCCUCCAGGCCCUGCUGGCCUGAGUUCCCAGGAAGCCUGCAGGCAAAGCCAUUCUAACCUGGCUGAGAGUUGUACGCCCAGGGACAUGAGGAUUAACUGCAGAAUGCAGUCCAAGCAGAACCAAUUUGGCUCAGUGGAUAGAGCAACUGACUGUAGACUGAAAGGUCCCAGGUUCAAUUCCGGUCAAGGGCAUGUACCUUGGUUGUGGACACAAACCCAGUGGGAGGUGUGCAGGAGGCAGCUGAUCGAUGUUUCUCUCUCAUCGAUGUUUCUAACUCUCUCUCCCUCUCCCUCUCUGUAAAAAAUCAAUUAAAAAAAUAAGAAAAAAUAAUGCAG